AUGUGUGACGUGUACAGAGUUUCCUCCUCUGACAGAGUGCAGCAGAUGGAGGCAGAGCUGUCGCAUCAGCUCUCAGCACUCAGGGCGGAAAUUGAGGAGAAUGGAUUCUCACACGGAGCAGGGAAAUCAUACAGUUCUGUUCCACCUCCAAAAGAUGUUUCCUUCUUCCGCGUAGAGAGGGAACACACACUGAGGAGGGGGCUUCAGGUGGCUGAAGCUUUGCCGGUUCAGUCUCAGGCUGACGUGAUGCAGAGAGAGCUGGAGAGCUGCUUGAGUCUUGAGUACACACCUGACAGUCUGCCGCCUCUCCUGCACCAGUUUUAUACGGACAGAUCGUAUCACUUGGCUCAGAUCAAAUAUCUGCUCAUGCUGAGAUGGAGGAGAUUUUGUCGCCACACCAGCGUCAUUGAGAAGCUUUAUCCUUAUUACAAGGAUCAGGUGUCAUACUUGACGAGUGAGUACGAGGACGCCGUUCAGAGAGCUCGCAGGCUGUCAGCGAGCAGAGAGAAGAUCCUGACCGGCAGAGGAAACCCUGCUAACCUGCUGACUCAGGACGAUGUGGUCAUUUACCUCCGGUGGCUGGUCUGUCAUCUGCACUCUGUUCAGACUGUUCACAACUUCCUCAGGGUGCUGCACUAUAUACCAGCUUGUGAAAGGAAAGAUGAAGAAUUUCAGCCAACUGCCAAAAAGGAAGAGGAAACUUUUCAUCAGACUCAGCAUACUGACGGAGAAAAUGUUUCCCUGCUCUCUGUUCACCUGGAGGAGUUUCUACCUGAGCUGCAGUCGCUCAUCACCUACUUCCACCUCUCAUAUGACGCUGGGAGACUCAGGACCACUGCAGAUGAGAUGGAGUUGUUCAGCAUGGUGUGGAGGGAGUUCAGGACGAUCUUCAGACAACAAGAGCAGAUGAAAACAUUUCCUCAGUACGACGGCACAGAGGUCAAACAGAGCCAGUGGGGGAGGACGAGUGGCAGCAUGGCUCUGAGGAAGGAGGCCAACUGGAUCCCUUUCAUUCAGGUGAAACCCACUCAGGAUCCGUGGCAGCAGAAGCUCGUCACGAAGCUGAAGGAAAAGAAACGUGUGGACGAGCUGCUGAGGAUGCACAGCAGGUUUCUUCAGGUGUCCGAUCUGCUCCACGUGGCUGCGGCUCUGAAAGACCACGGCGCCCAUGUUGGUGAGUCACAGUCCGUACCCGCCUCCUCUGCCUCACACAGCGGGAAGACGAAACGACAGAAGAUCUCCGAGAUCUGGACGAGCAUUUACAACGCUGCGAGUUUACCUCAGGCAUGUAUUAUCCAGUUUUCUGCUCAGAGAGACAGAAACAACUGA